AUGUCCGGCCAAGGGCCGUGGUGGCGCAAGUGCCUGCCCGCCAGCAUUUUCUCAAAGAAGGUCUGCAGUUGGGCUUGCUGCGGUGUUAUGGAGGCCGAUGUGGACGAGGAUGCGGAGGUGAUUGUGUACAUGAAUAACCCCGAGUUGAACGCACAGUUUAACUAUCCCUCGAACUUCAUUUGCACGUCGAAGUACACGCUGAUUUCUUUUCUCCCGCUCUGCCUCCUUUUCCAGUUUAAGAAGGUGAGCAACGUGUACUUCCUCAUCCACAUGAUAAUCAGUUUCAUACCAGGCCUAUCCCCAUGGAGUCCGGUGACGUCAGUUGUGCCGCUGCUCGUCGUGCUCACCGUGGCACUCAUCAAAGAGGGUGUGGAGGACGCCAAGCGACAUAUGGCGGAUAAGCGCGCCAACUCGAUUGCAGCGCUGGUAGUGCGCAACGGCGAACUCGUCUCGGUGAAGAGCAAAGACAUCCACCCCGGUGAUGUCAUGUACAUCGCCAACGGCGAGGAGGUGCGUGCCGAUGUCGUCAUGUUCGCCACCUCCGUCGAGGAGGGACAGGCGUUCAUUGACACAUGCAGCCUGGACGGCGAGACGAGCCUAAAGUCGCGCAAGGCAGUGGAGGCAACCUGGCCGCUCUGCAAAGUCGAGACGAUCAUGAAUAGCACUGCCGUGUUGCACACGAGCCUGCCAGACCCAGGUCUGCUGUCAUGGACGGGACUGCUGGAGCUCAAUGGCGAGGAGCACGCGCUGUCGCUGAACCAGUUCCUGUACCGUGGCUGCGUGCUACGCAACACCGAUUGGGUCUGGGGCAUGGUCGUCUAUGCGGGCAUCGACACGAAGCUGUUCCGAAACUUGAAGGAGAAGCCUCUCAAGUCGUCAAACCUCGACCGAAAGCUUAACUACUUGAUCGUUGCCAUCCUCAUCUUCCAGCAAGUCAUGCUCUUCAUCAUCGCCUCCAUGGCGGUGUGGUGGAACAACAGGCACCGGGACCAUCCGUACCUCUUCUUCUUCAUCGAGAUGCACAAGGGUGGGCGUCUGUGGGGGUACCGGUACUUGACCUACUUCAUUUUGCUGAACUACUGCGUGCCCAUUUCUCUGUUCAUCACGAUUGAGAUGUGCAAGGUGAUCCAGGCGCAGUGGAUGCGGGUGGACUGCCACAUGAUGGAGUACAUGAACAACCGCUGGCGGCACUGCCUGCCUAACACAUCGAACCUCAACGAGCAGCUGGCGAUGGUGCGCUUCAUCUUCACCGACAAGACGGGGACGCUGACGGAGAAUGUCAUGAAGUUCAAGCGAGGCGAGGCUCUUGGCAUUCCGAUCGAAAGUGACAGACUGGACGAGACCAUCGCGCGACUGCGCAAGGAGGAAGAGUCGAAGGGGCUCGGGCAGCUGCAAGAGUACUUUCUAGCGCUGGCUUUGUGCAACACGGUUCAGCCCUUCGAGGACGACACAGCCGACUUCGGCAUCGUCUAUGAAGGCACCUCCCCGGACGAAGUCGCACUGGUCCAGACCGCUGCUGCUGCCGGGUAUCGCCUCACCUACCGCACGACGAAGACGAUCACGAUUCUCCUGCGCAACAACACGCAAAAGGUGUACAACAUCCUCGCCACACUAGAAUUCACUCCAGAGCGGAAGAUCAUGAGCAUCGUCGUCGAGGAUAGCGACACGAAGAAGAUUACGUUGUACAGUAAGGGUGCCGACAGCUUCAUCAGGUCACAACUGAGCCGCGGCCCAGAUGUACAGGAGUACAUGGACAACAUCGACAACACUCUGACGGAAAUGUCGUUAAUGGGGUUGCGCACGCUGCUUGUGUGCGCCAGGGACAUCACACGACAGCAACUCGACCCGUGGCUCGUGAAUUUCACCGAGGCCGGCAAGAGCCUGCACAACCGCAGCUCUACGGUGGACAAAGUCUGCUUGGAGAUGGAGAAAGAGAUGCGGCUCGUCGGCGCCACCGCCAUCGAGGACAAGCUGCAGGAUGAGGUGCCUGAGACGCUGUCCUUCUUUUUGAGCGCCGGUGUGAUCAUUUGGAUGCUCACGGGCGACAAGCGCGAGACCGCUGUGACGAUCGCCGCAACGUCGACCCUCUGCGACCCGCGCAGCGACUUCAUCGACCACAUCGACAUUGGCCAUACGAGCCCGUCGGACCCCAAGGCAAUCGAGCGCGUCGGGCGCGACCUUGACGUUGUGGAGCAGCACCUGGCGCUUAAGGGAACCCAUCAGGAGCGGCGCUGCACCCUCGUUAUCGAUGGCCCUGCGCUGAGCAUUGCGAUGGAGCACUACUUUGAACAGUUCCUGCGCGUCUCCCAGCAAGUGAACUCCGCUAUUUGCUGCCGCCUGACGCCGAUCCAGAAGGCAAACGUGGUUAGCAUGUUCCAGAGGUCGACUGGCAUGACGACGCUGGCCAUCGGUGACGGCGCUAAUGACGUGUCGAUGAUUCAGGAGGGGCGUGUCGGGGUGGGCAUCAUUGGGCUGGAAGGUUCACAGGCCGCCCUCGCUGCUGACUACGCGAUUCCGCGCUUCAAGCACCUGCGCCGCCUCUGCGCGGUGCACGGCCGCUACUCGCUUUUCCGAAACGCCAGCUGCAUUCUGGUCAGCUUCUACAAGAACAUCACCGUGUCGGUGGCGCAGUUCGUCUUCGCCUUCUACACUGGCUUCUCGGGACUAACACUCUUCGACGGGUGGGUGCUCACAUUCUACAACGUCUUCCUGACGAGUAUCCCGCCCUUCUUUAUGGGCAUAUUCGAGAAGGACCUCCCCGAGGAUCUCCUGCUGGAGCGUCCGAAGUUGUACACGCCGCUGUCGCGUGGCGAGUACUUUAACCUGGUGACGCUUCUGCGGUGGCUGACCGAGUCACUCACGACAGCGGUGAUUCUCUUCUAUGUGGCCUACCCGACGCUGGUCCGCCAAGACGGUGCCCAUCAACGCUACACCGGGAACGAGGUAGGCACGAUUAUGUUCAGCGGCUUAAUCCUCGUCAUCCUCGUGCGCUUCGCUCUACAGAUUCACUACUGGCAGUGGAUGCAGGCUCUCGGCAUAGGGUUGUCAGCGGUUCUAUUCAUGCUCUUAAUUAUUAUCUACUCCCUCAUUCCCUCUGCCGGUGGUAGCACGAGCUUCUAUUUCGUAGCCUUCGACCUGAUGUCGACUGCCAAGUACUGGCUCUACUUGCUCUUCUACAUAUCCGCCCAGCUGGUAGUGACACUCGGCGUCAUGGCGUUUCACAAACUCUUCUUUCCCACCCUUCAAGAUGUCGCGGAUCAGCAGUAUGCUGUGCAACACGGCGGCAUGCGGUGA